UAACGUUUUUUCUUGUUUAAUAUGUUCAUGUACACUGUCCUAAAACCAAAUGAUCACUUUAUCUGAAAAGAUGCUUUAAAUACCAUAAAUACAAGCGGAAGUAUUUACUUCUUAUCAAUUUGUGUAUUUUUGUGUUUCUUAUCAAUAGCAUGUUCCGUUAUUUUUUGCGGUAAUUGCUAAACACUUAACAUACUCCAUUCAAAUUGUUUUGUAUGUAAAUAAGUUGUUUAGCUACUUACAUAUAUAAAUAACUAUAAGCACAAAUCAGUAUAAUAUUAUAUUAUAUAAUAGCUGAGUAAAAGGGCAUGAGGGCAUGCCACGUAUAUUUUUCUCACUGCUUAAGCUGACUUAAGAAUCGGCACACAACAAUUCACUUUCGCUGUUACUUGUAGGAGGGUUUGUUGUUCAGGGACGCCCAGUUAACUUGCGCAGAUCAGACUAGUUCAGUUGGAUUUUAGCAUUCUGUAGGCUAUUAACUGAGUACCGCAAGCUCAACAAUCAUCUGGUUUGGGUGUGCGCACACGCUACCGCCACUCUUUGUCUUGAACCAAAAGCAAAACGCCAAAUAACAGCAAGCUACAAGAAAAGUGUAUGAAGUGAAGGGUAACAAGACAAGGCAAACAAAACAAAAACAAACAAGUAAACAACCAACCAAACAAGCCGCAGAUUGUACAACAACAAUGACAGUAUACGACGAGCUGUAUGAGCGCCUCUCAAAGGUCGGUCAGGAGCAUUUGCUAAAAUUCUGGGAUGAGUUGACACUCGAUCAGCAGGAGAUAUUGGUGCGCGAUAUAGACGAACUCAACCUGAAAGAAUUGAAGUUAUAUUUUGAACGCGCCACAGCAUCACUGCAAGAGGAUGGCAUUAAGCUGGAUGAUCGCAUGCAACCAGUGCCCGAGGAGAAGCUAGCAAGCAUUGAGCGCACGGCCGAAGAGCGUCUCAAGGCUUAUGAAGAAGAGGGUAUGCGUCAGAUCAGCGCGGGACAUGUAGCUGUUUUGCUAAUGGCUGGUGGACAAGGCACCCGUUUGGGUUUCGCCCACCCAAAGGGUAUGUACGACGUGGGUCUACCAUCGAAAAAAUCGCUCUUUCGCCUACAAGCCGAACGCAUACAGAAACUGGAGGAAUUGGCUUAUGCCGCCACUGGCAGUCGUGGCAACAUCACAUGGUACAUCAUGACAUCGGAGCCCACAAUACAACCAACAAAUGAAUACUUCAUGGCCAACAACUAUUUCGGACUGAAAAGAGAGAAUAUCAUACUCUUCGAACAGGGUUCAUUGCCAUGUUUCGAUUAUGAUGGUCGCAUUAUAUUGGAUCAAAAGAAUCGUGUCGCACGCGCACCUGACGGUAAUGGUGGAUUGUACCGGGCGUUGAAGCAACAAGGCAUACUGGAUGAUAUUAAAAAGCGCGGCAUUUUAUAUUUGCAUGCGCACAGUGUGGAUAAUAUAUUGAUUAAGGUGGCCGAUCCGGUUUUUAUCGGUUAUUGUGUACAAGAGAAUGCCGACUGUGCAGCCAAGGUGGUGGAGAAAUCACAUCCCAACGAAGCCAUCGGUGUGGUCGCCAUAGUCGAUGGCAAAAAUCAGGUGGUGGAGUAUAGCGAAAUUUCGGCGAAAACCGCUGAAAUGCGCAAUUCCGAUGGACGUUUAACUUUUAGCGCCGGUAAUAUAUGCAAUCAUUUCUUUUCGGCAGCUUUCUUGCAUCAAAUCGGUGACACAUAUGAGAAAGAGCUGAAACUGCAUGUGGCCAAGAAAAAGAUACCAUUUGUUGAUAAUUCGGGCAAACGUAUUACGCCAGAAAAACCCAACGGUAUCAAAAUUGAAAAGUUCGUCUUCGACGUAUUUGAGUUUGCGCAAAAGUUCGUCGCUAUGGAAGUGCCACGUCACAGCGAGUUUAGCGCGCUAAAGAAUGCCGACAGCGCGGGCAAAGAUUGCCCAACGACGGCACGCGCAGAUUUAGCGCGUCUACAUAAGCGUUAUAUUGAAGCAGCUGGUGGCAUUGUGCAUGGUGAGGAAUGUGAGAUUUCGCCGUUUGUAAGUUAUGCUGGCGAAAACUUGACGCCACUGGUGGCUGGCAAAUCAUACACAAGUCCCGUUUACUUGCGCAGCAAUCGUGAUCCCUACCAUGGACACCUGUGACUUGAUUAAGUUUUAGAUAUGUGAAUAUGCUGAUAAAUAUCAAUAAGUAGUUGACUGAUGUUAACUGUGUAUGUACAGUUGUAAAUGCAGUUUAUGCUAGAUUUGUAUUUGUAUAGUUUUUGUUAUGAUUAAUAUAAAAAUUUAUGUAAAAUCU